AUGUCUGUCGCUGAUACGCAGCCAACGUCCGGAGAUAAUUUGAGCGUUGAGGCCGCCCUAGAUUCUCUUUUCGACAAGAUCCUUGAGUCACUCAAACAAAUUGACAUUUUUUCAUCCUCGAACCAACCGAUCGUUUUUCCGGUCUACGCGCACGAUAAUCCUGUCGCUGGCACCUCCCACGCUUGGUGUGUGAUUCAAAUCAUUAAAUGGCUCGAGGCUGCAGGCUGUCGUGUCAUUUCUGACAGAACACCGCUUCUUCCUCGUCAUGGACUAGGGGAUGAAAACGAAAAUGCAGCAAUCCGAAACAUACUGUCGAGUCAGUUGCGUCUGCUACCUCGCAAUGAUGACCGCGAAAACACAUACGAGCCGACCUAUGCGAAUAAGGUUAUCGUUUUCAGUUCUGAGGUGCUGCGACAAUACUGUGUCAAUGCUGCUGCUGAACAAUAUGUCCAAUCCGUGGCGAAGGCAUAUAGGGAUUCCCAGGGCCAGCCAAGGGAUCAUUUGAAGAGUAAUAUUCGUGCAAUGGUCGAAGAGAACGCUAGGAAUGGAAGCGCAUGGUUCCAUCAUGUUUUGACGGAAAUCGCAUUCAUGAGGAUCAGGAAGGAUCAUGACUGUCUAGACCAUGGAAUCAUUCCUGUUGCUCUGGAUGGCGAUCUGCCGGAUUAUCUACCCUUUGUCAAUCCCACCGAUCUGGUUCUCAAACAGGAGAUUAACUCGUUGUAUUCAUCCGACUUGCACCAGCUGUUCUUCAAAAUCAUUUUACAGAUAUACCCAAAGCAACACCUGCCCAUUGAGAAGUUCAAAGAGUGCUAUAUGGCACUCAAGGCCCGUUUGAUAGGCGGUGACGAAUCAGUCAUUCGGAACUUGUCUGACGCCGAGGUUGUAAAGUUCAUUCGCCAAGUAUACGAAUCCAUAUUGCAGCAGGACCGAAUCGCCACUCGCCAAAGACUCAGAGAUGCAGAUUCUCACCGAGGAAUCGAGCAAAACGCAAAGCUCUCUAGGAAACGCGCAUUUCUGAGCAAACUCGCCACGGUGCCAUACAGAGACAGAAAAGACAGAAACCCAAAACGAGACGAAGGGACCUGUGAGUGGUUCAAGCACCAUACAAAAUUCCAAGAAUGGCAACAAAGCAAGAAAGCCAGCCUUCUUUGGGUUUCUGCUGACCCUGGCUGCGGAAAAUCUGUCCUGUCGAAAUACUUGGUUGAUGACGUCCUCCCAACCACUGACAAACACUUGACUUGCUAUUUCUUUUUCAAGGACGAUCUAGAUGAUCAGAAAACGCUUUUGAGUUCUCUCAGAUGUCUGUUGCAUCAAGUCUUUGAACAAAACCUAUCCCUACUGGAUGUGAACCUUUUGUCCAAAUUUGAGAAGGACGGUCAACUUUUGAACUCUCGCACAGAUCUUUGGAAGAUCUUGAUUGAUAUCUUUCAGAAGCAGCUUGUGGAAUGUUUCGUCUGUAUCCUCGAUGGCUUCGAUGAAUGUGCAGCCGACGAUAGGUCCUUUUUGAUGGAAAACUUGGAAAAGCUCUACAUGGAAAAAACGGUCCCUCCCCUCAAGCUCCUGUUGACGAGUAGACCCUACGAAGAUAUCAGUAGAGGCCUUCGUAAAUUGCAAAAAAGGGAGCUGAUCAUUCACUUGAGCGGAGAAAGUGAGCAAGAGAUGGAUAAGAUAUCUCGAGAGAUUGAUAUCGUCAUCCAAAACAAUGUCGACGACCUAGGCGAGGACCUCGACCUCGAGCCGGACGUCACUGACCUCAUCAAGAACGAACUGACCAAAGUGGAGAAUCGCACAUACCUUUGGGUCUCUUUGAUGAUAGACAUUCUGAAAAACACAAUCGAGACGUCAAAAAGCGCUCUGAAGACUGUGAUCCAACAACUUCCGCGAACUGUCAGCGCUGCUUAUGAGAAGAUUCUGAGCAGAGAACAAAAUGACGAGACAAAUGCCAAAACUCGAAGACUUCUGCACAUUAUCUUGGCAGCCACGGAACCGUUGUUGACUGAGGAGCUGGCUGUGGCUUUCUCGAUGAGUGGAGACGCUUCUGUUGACGAGAAAGCGAUAAGCCGUAACACGAAAUUUACAAGAGAGUUUUCCAAACUUCUGGUGGUUUUUCGAGGCGGAAAAGCGUACCUAGCUCAUCAGACGGUCAAAGAGUUCCUGGUGAUGGAAUCACCUAGACCGCCAGAGAAUGCUUUGCUUGGACCCGUCGUCCGAUGGGAACAUUCAUUUCAUCCCCACCAUUCCCAUUUCGUGAUGGCAAAGAGUUGUAUGUCUUAUCUUGAGCGAUAUGGUUCAAAUUACGGCGUGCUUUUCUAUUAUGCCGCGCGCAACUGGCCCGGACAUUUCCGUGGGGCGGGUCACGUCAACGAGAUACUAGUCACACAAUCACGAAAUCUGUGCAAUUCGAGCUCAAAGCAAGUCCAACCUUGGUUUGAAACAUACUGGCAAAUGGCAAUGGAUACGUACUACUAUCCAAGGAAUCCUACGAGCCUGAUUGUUGCAUCUAUUUUAGGGUUGAAGGAGACUGUUGAAAUGCUCCUCAAUGUCACAAAUACAGACUUAUAUGCGACGGACAGUACCUAUCAUAAAACUGCUUUCUUCUGGGCCUGCGACAGAGGCUAUUUGAGUAUAGGAAAGUCGCUGCUGGACUGGGUAUCUAAAUCAAACGCCGACAUCUCCUACAGGAUCAUCAACACCUUCGAUCGCGACGCUAAUACACCAUUGCAUCGAGUCAUAGAGAAACUUUCAAGUUUUUGGGGGACUCCUCUGGACUCUGCAAGCGACCCCCAAUAUGACAUCUUGGGUUUUCUCUUGAAUAGGGGAGCCAACAUCAAUGCUUCGAAUUUUCAAGCCAAUACUCCAUUGCACCUAGCAAGGAGAUGCAGCGGAACUAUAGUCAAGCUGCUUCUACAAUCUGGGGCCAACAUGAGACUCAAGAACAAAGAGGGCUAUACAGCGCUGCAUCGGGCGGCUGAAUGUGGAAACCUGGCUGUGGUGAAGGUGCUCUUAAAACAUGCUGCUAAAAGCAACAUUGAUAAUUGCAUCCAUUCCCAGGGCUUCUACAUCAAGAUACUUCUUCUAACGGCUAUUGAAUCACACGAUCGAGGCUUGGUUGAGUUGCUGUUGGAUCCUAUCACUAACGUCAAACUUGAAUACAUGUUGAGCAAUGAUGGGCAGUUUCCUUCCUGUAUUGGGACACUUCUGACUUUUACGAUCAAGCAGCAGGCCUCAGAGAUAACUGAGUUUCUCCUGAAGCGUGGAGCAGACGCGAAUUUCACAUCUCCGAAUAAGCUUACCCUGCUUCUUGAAGCAGUCGCGAAUGGCGGUUGUGAAACAGUCAAGAUCUUGCUGGAUCAUGGAGCAGAUGUCAAUCUCACGCCUCCAAACCGGCUAACGCCGCUUCUUCACGCAAUCACAGACGGAGAUUGUGAAAUGGUCAAGAUCUUGCUGGAUCACGGAGUGGAUGUCAAUCUCGCGCCUCCAAAUCAGCUAACUCCGCUUCUCCAAGCAAUCAUAUCUAAGAACAGGGACAUGGUUGAGUUACUGAUUAACUAUGGAGCUGACGCCAACACUUGCACAAACGAUCACGAAUCACCAUUGUUUUUCGCGCUCAUAUGGGGAGUUAACCGAAAUAUCAUAACCCUGCUGCUGAAUCAUGGAGCAGACGUCAAUUUUGUGUCUCGUAACGGGAGAACCUCGUUAUCUGUGAUGGCGGAUAUCGAUGAUCAGUGUGUUCUUGUCGACACUCCCAUUACCACAGCGAUCAAAUGUGGUAGGGCAGAUAUAGUCCAGGACUUGGUGAGCCGUGGAGCUGAUCCUGAUCCCGCAUUUCGCUAUCUAUCUCGGAGUUGGAUACAUGAGACAGAUCGUCAAAACGCACUUCUGUGGCGCCAGGAAUUACAGACGUUGUUGCUAGCUGAACGAGCAGGUGAGGACAGAGACCUGGGGACAUGGUCGCUGAUUGAUCGAGGAUUGGAGGUUGAUACUCGAAUUGAGCGUGAUAGCAGUAGACUUGACCAAGAGGACAGGAAGCACUUCUUCAAUGUUGUCCUGUAG